UUUUUGUAUACUCGUUUGUUUCAUCGCGACGAAAUACAUCCAGAAAAAAUGGAUUUCACAAUCUACAAUCUUGCCAUUCUUCUCGCAGCCGUCGUGCCCUCUGUUCUGUUACACAGAAUAGUAAAAUCUUACACCCGCCUCUCUCACGUUCCCGGCCCGUUUUUUUGCCACAUCACCAACCUUAAACGAGUCUACUGGGUGUUGACAGGGCAAGCGCACCUCCACCACCAGAGAUUGCACUCUCGUCACGGUCCCGUUGUGCGUACGGGACCCAACAGCGUCUUCAUCAGCAACCCAGACGAUGUCCCUGCAGUUUACCCCGUUCGUGCUGGGUUUCCAAAGGCAGACUUUUACAAAGCACUCCAGCCUUACUCACCUAACAAGGGGACACUGCCGUCCUUGUUCAGUAUUCAAGAUGAGGCUAUCUACCGGACCAUGAAGAACCCCAUUGUGCCCGUCUUCGCACCGGCUAACGUGAUGAAAUAUGAAGUGUUUGUAGAUCAGAUGCUUCAAGCCAUGUCUGCUAAGUUUGAUAUCAAGGCAGCUGGUGACGAGCUUUUUGAUUUGGGAGAGUGGUUGAUGUAUUUUGCCUUCGAUGUCAUGGGAUUGAUGACCUUUUCCAAGACGUACGGGUUUGUGGAGAGCGGCAAUGACGUUGAUGGGAGGCACAAUACAAUCUUCACAUAUUUCAAGGGCGCAGCCCCUUGGACGCAGAUAACUUGGCUUGAUCAAUGGGUCAACAAAAACCACUUCUUGAUGCGAUUUCGCAAGACGCCCGGCAUGGCAAUACUCGGUAUCGUGCAUAAGAGUGUGCAGGAGCGAUUGAAGCACGGCAAAGGGUCCAAGUCCGAAGACUCUAAGGAUAUGUUGGACAAUUAUCUUACCAUACAACAAAACAACUCGGCUGUGCCAGAUUGGGCUCCACAAGCUUGGGUUUACUCCAAUGUAGUAGCCGGAUCUGACUCAGUCGGCACCGUCAUGCAAACCUUCGCCUACAACCUCCUCACCGACCCUCGUACAACUUCUGCCCUCAUAUCCGAACUGCGCUCAGCCUCCCUCUCGAAGCCUUUCCCCAAAUACAGCGAAGUGCGCAACCUGCCCUACCUUGACGCUUGCGUGAAUGAAGCCGUAAGGAUGCAUCCGCCAUUCUGCCUGCCGCUCGAACGCGUUGUGCCCGAAGGCGGCGUAACCAUUUCAGGCGUCUAUUUGCCAGGUGGCACCAACGUCGGUGGAAACGGAUAUGUUGUCAAUAGGAACGAGGAAGUAUUUGGAUCGAACGUGGACGAGUGGAGACCGGAACGGUGGCUGGAGUGUUCACCCGAGCAGAAGAGUAGAAUGUCGUCGGGCAUGCUCACGUUUGGUGCUGGAAGGCGCUCAUGCAUGGGUAAAUACAUUGCUGUAAUGGAGAUUAAAAAGUUGAUGCCGUUCCUACUGUUGAACUACGAGAUGAAGAUUCCAGAUCCGAAAACACACUCAGUCGAGUGCGCGUGGUUCUUCAAGCAUAAGGGAAUACUUGCGCAAAUCCGCAAGCGGACAGAAGAAGAAAUCGAGUAG